GGUAAACAGGCUCACCGAGGAACUCUUCCGCCUGCUGCUUGGUUCCGAGAUACAAAUAUGGCGUCCGCCGUGCUGAAGGUUGCAGUGGCAGGCCUGUCCAGAUGUUCUCAUCUCACACUCCUGAGGACACAUUCAAUGACAACAGCCCUCCAUCAGGGAGUUCCUGGGUCACUGUGGAAGCUGGGGAGGCUGAACCACAUUGCCAUCGCUGUCCCCGACAUGGAGAAGGCCACAGCUUUGUAUCGGGACGUGCUGGGGGCUACGGUGAGUGACAAGGUGCCUCUGCCCGAGCACGGAGUCUACACUGUGUUUGUGGAGCUCGGUAACACUAAGCUGGAGCUGCUCCAUCCUCUGGGGGAGAAGAGUCCAAUUGCUGGCUUCUUGCAGAAGAACAAGUCUGGAGGGAUGCACCACAUUUGUAUUGAGGUUGACAACAUCAACGCUGCAAUAGCCGACCUGAAAGCAAAGAACAUCAGAACUCUGUCAGCAGAGCCCCGGAUAGGUGCUCAUGGGAAACCAGUGAUGUUUCUUCAUCCUAAAGACUGUGACGGUGUGUUGGUGGAGCUUGAAGAAGCGUGAACACCUCGGUCUGACAGGGACAGUGGGAAUUGUUAAUCUGCAUUUAUAUAUUCUACAGUCUGAUUAUCACUAUAUGUUGAUUGUGUAAUAUUUUUCCUCGUAGCACUUAGGUUUUUGAUCUUCUCAUUUCAGAAAGGUGCCUCAAAACUGUUCUUCUAAUUCUGUUGUUGGUGGGAAUAAAUUAUAGUGUGGUGUGUGUUUU